GGCGAGAGGGAGGACCUGAUUGGACUGCCCAGCUGCCCAGAGUAAACGGCUGCCGUGGACCGGAUCGACGCUGCUAACCUCGUCCGCGCUUAUCGUCCAGUCUUUGCGCCGGCACAACCUGGAACCGAGGCAACUGAGAGCCCGGCGCUGUCUUUACUAGGCGGACCCGCAACCCGGAAAGGCCGCGCGGCGUAGCCCGGAGACCGAUCCUGCUCGAACCCGGCCCCAGCGGGCUGGCGCCGCGGGCAUGUCGGAGGCGCGGAAGGGGCCGGACGAGGCGGACGAGAGCCAGUGUGACUCCGGCAUAGAGUCUCUACGCUCUCUGCGUUCCCUACCGGAGCCCACCCCGGCCACAGGCUCCAGGCCCUCGGACGGCUGCAGCCCCCAGCCCUGGACCCAUCCUCCGAGGACCUCCAAGGAGCCGCGGGAAAAGGAAGACGGGGACGGGGAGCGGGCUGACUCCACUUAUGGCUCCUCCUCGCUCACCGAGCCCUUGCCCUUGCUGGGAGAUCCCGAGGCUGAGGACCCAGCCCCAGGAUCGUCACUGCCCUCCGCGGGGGCGCUGAGCCCACAGCUCGAAGCACUCACUUAUAUCUCUGAGGACGGAGACACGCUGGUCCACCUGGCAGUGAUUCACGAGGCUCCAGAGGUGCUGUUCUGUUGCCUGGCUUUGCUGCCCCAGGAGGUCUUGGACAUUCAGAACAACCUUUACCAGACAGCACUCCAUCUGGCUGUUCAUCUGGACCAGCCGGAUGCAGUUCAGGCCCUGGUGCUGAAGGGGGCCAGCCGGGUGCUACAGGAUCGGCAUGGUGACACAGCCCUACAUGUGGCAUGCCAGCGCCAGCAUCUGGCCUGUGCCCGCUGCCUGCUAGAGGGGCAGCCAGAGCCAGGCAGAGGAACAUCUCACUCCCUGGACCUCCAGCUGCAAAACUGGCAAGGUCUGGCCUGUCUUCACAUUGCCACUCUGCAGAGGAACCAGCCUCUCAUAGAACUACUGCUUCAGAAUGGAGCUGACAUUGAUGCCCAGGAGGGCACCAGUGGGAAGACAGCAUUGCAUCUAGCUGUGGAAACCCAGGAGCGGGGCCUGGUACAGUUCCUACUCCAGGCUGGUGCUCAGGUAGAUGCCCGCAUGCUCAAUGGGUGUACACCCCUGCAUCUGGCAGCUGGACGGGGCCUCAGUGGCAUCUCAUCCACUCUGUGUGAGGCCGGCGCUGACUCCCUGCUGCUGAAUGUGGAAGAUGAGACACCGCAGGACCUGGCUGAGGAUCCCCUUAUUCUUUUGCCCUUCGAUGACCUGAAGAUCUCCGGGAAGCCGCUGAUGUGUGUUGACUAAAGCCAGGACAGGAAACUGGGGCCACUGUUGCUGCAACCUGGGCCCAAUGUGCCUUCUGGUGUCCUAGGGACUACUGAAGCCAGAGCCUAGAGCCAGUAUGGUUCUGAGUGAGAAAAGAGAUUGCAAGUCAGAGAGAGCCAGGCUGGAAGAAAGAGCUUCCCAGGUGGACUGGAUGGAGAUUCUUGAGAGGCGCCUAAGCCCCAGGCAUCCUGGGUGAAGUCUCUUUACCUCUCUUGGAGAUGGCAGGGCUCUCAUUUCUACUGUCGGGUCAGUUUGAAACUGCCAACCAGUGGGAAAAUGUGGAAGCUUCUGAGUGAGGAGAGACUGAAAUAGAAGAAGCAGGGCCCUGAGGGGUCCCACCUUACUGCUAUUGAAGAUUCCAAAACACUCUUGUCUAAAAACUUUUAACAGAAGGCCCUGAACUGAGCCUUUGAGAAAGGGACAUUGCAGUAACAUAACACUAAAGUAGCAGAGACUUUUUAAAAGUGUUUUCCUCCUACGCGGGUGCAGUGGUACAAACCUCAGGAGGCUGAGGCAGGAGGAUCACCAGUUUGAGACCAGCCUCAGCAACUUAGCAAGACCCUGUCUCAAAAUUAAAGAAAAAAAUAAAAAAGGUGGGGAAUACAGCUGGUAGAGCACCCCUGGUUCAAUCCCCAGUGUUAAGGGGUUGGGGAGGGUCAUCCUUUCUAGAGUUGCUUUGUGCAUGUGCAUAGGCAGACCUGCUCUGUGACCUUUUGAUAAAAGCAAAGAGAAGGAAAUUUAUCCCCUGGGUAUGAUAAGGAGCUAAUAGUCCUCAGGCUUGUCGCUAUCCAGUGCAGACCCUUGUCCUUUUGUGGAAAUGAGGGAUGAAGAGAGAGGAAGAGGAAUGAGAAGACACAGGCCCUGGAGGCUGCCAUCUGGAGUAGCCAGAGGAGGCUAGGCACCAGAGACCUGCAACUUUUUACAUAUUUUAUACCAGUGAUGCCUACAUUGGCAUGAAGAAAGGAGGAAUAAACCAACAUGGUCUCUGACUCUUAGAGUUUACAGCCUCACUCAUAAACAUUAAAAUCAUAAAUAUCCAAA